UGCUUGGGAUUCCAGUGUCCAUUUCUCAUUUCUCUAUGAUCCUUGCGAAGAUGCCUUCCUUCCUUGGCUUAAAGUGUCUGGGGAAAUUGUGCAGUUCUGAGAAAAGCAAAGACACCUCAUCUGAGAGAACCAGCACCAUGGGCUUAUACAGAAGGAGGCUGGUUGUCAAGGACGUGAAUGUCACAGGGAGCCCCUAUCCCACUCACAGACGUGCCACCAUCACCCAUCUGUUGUAUCUAUAUCCUGACGUCUGCUGCACGUUUGAGCACUUGUUUAAUCAUUUUGAUCCUGUGGUGGCCCACCCUCAAGACCCCCACCACCCGUCCGAGAAGCCUGUCAUUCACUGCCAUAAAUGUGGAGAGCCAUGCAAGGGCGAAGUGCUUCGGGUCCAGACCAAACAUUUCCACAUCAAAUGCUUCACCUGCAAAGUGUGUGGCUGUGACCUGGCACAAGGUGGCUUCUUCAUAAAGAACGGGGAGUAUCUCUGCACCCUGGACUACCAGAGGAUGUACGGGACACGCUGCCAUGGCUGUGGGGAGUUCGUGGAAGGAGAGGUGGUGACUGCCCUUGGCAAGACCUACCACCCCAACUGCUUUGCUUGUACCAUCUGCAAGCGCCCGUUUCCACCCGGAGAUCGAGUCACAUUCAAUGGGAGAGACUGCCUUUGUCAACUCUGUGCCCAGCCGAUGUCAUCCAGCCCUAAAGAAGCCUCCUGCUCUAGCAAUUGCGCUGGCUGCGGAAGAGACAUCAAGAACGGGCAGGCGCUGCUGGCUCUGGAAAAGCAGUGGCACUUGGGGUGCUUUAAAUGCAAGUCCUGCGGGAAGGUCCUCACUGGGGAGUACAUCAGCAAGGAUGGCGCUCCGUAUUGCGAAAAGGACUACCAGGGGCUGUUUGGGGUGAAAUGUGAAGCCUGUCACCAGUUUAUCACAGGGAAGGUCCUGGAGGCAGGUGACAAACAUUACCACCCCAGCUGUGCACGAUGCAGCAGAUGCAACCAGAUGUUCACAGAAGGCGAGGAAAUGUAUCUUCAAGGUUCCACCGUGUGGCAUCCCGACUGUAAGCAAUCUACCAAGACGGAGGAAAAGCUUCGGCCGCCAAACAUUCAGCGUUCUUCGUCCGAUUUCUUUUAUCCCAAAAGUCUGAUUCGACGCACAGGACGGUCUCCGUCACUGCAGCUAUUGUCACCACCUUCUCUAGUGAACUUCUACAAAAACCCAAGGCAGGUACUGUCAACCUCAGCAUCACUUCGUAUAAGGUGUCAAUCACCUUAUAGCAGUGGUUGCCCCAUAGAUAUUCAUAAGAUCUUUUCUCCAAGGACUUUGUCUCCCACCCCAUCAGCAGAAGGCUACCCAGACGUUCGGGACCGGAUGAUCCACCGGUCCACCAGCCAGGGCUCCAUCAACUCCCCCGUGUACAGCCGCCACAGCUACACUCCAACCACGUCUCGCUCGCCCCAGCAUUUUCACAGACCUGAGCUGCUGUCUCCUGGUGUGCACAGGUUGUCCUACCUGCGCACCAGCAGCCUCAGCUCCGCCCACAGCGACUCCCGCCCCAACUCCCCCUUCCGACACCACUUCAUUCCCCAUGUCAAAGGCAAUGAGCCGUCCAGCGGCCGGAAUUCCCCUCUCCCCUACCGGCCAGACAGCCGCCCUCUAACUCCAACUUACGCUCAGGCCCCUAAACAUUUCCAUGUGCCAGAUCAAGGGAUCAACAUUUACCGAAAACCACCCAUCUACAAACAGCAUGCUGCCUUGGCAGCCCAGAGCAAGUCUUCAGAUGACAUCAUCAAGUUUUCCAAGUUCCCAGCAGCCCAGGCUCCAGACCCCAGCGAGAUACCAAAGAUUGAGACGGACCACUGGCCUGGUCCCCCCUCACUUGCCGCCGUAGGAGCUGACAUGAGACGCAGAUCUAGUGGCAGAGAGGAAGAUGAGGAGGAACUUCUGAGACGCCGGCAGCUUCAAGAAGAGCAAUUAAUGAAGCUCAACUCAGGCCUAGGGCAGCUGAUCCUGAAAGAGGAGAUGGAGAAGGAGAGCCGGGAAAGGUCGUCCCUGUCAGCCAGUCGCUAUGACUCCCCCAUCAACUCAGUUCCUCAUGCUCUGUCAUCGAAAACCUCCUCUCUCCCAGGCUAUGGAAAAAACGGGCUUCACCGGCCUGUUUCUACAGACUUUGCUCAGUACAACAGCUACGGGGACGUCAGUGGGGGCGUGCGAGACUACCAGACCCUCCCAGAUGGCCACAUGCCUACAAUGAGAAUGGACCGAGGAGUGUCGAUGCCCAACAUGUUGGAGCCAAAGAUAUUUCCAUAUGAAAUGCUCAUGGUGACCAACAGAGGGCGCAACAAAAUCCUGAGAGAUGUGGACAGAACCAGGCUGGAGCGCCACUUAGCCCCAGAAGUGUUUCGGGAAAUCUUUGGAAUGUCCAUACAGGAGUUUGACAAGUUACCUCUUUGGAGACGCAACGACAUGAAGAAAAAAGCAAAACUCUUCUAGGCCCUACACGUAGACAGCAAUCAGAAAAAGAACUAACAAUGGUGGGGACACAUAGGAUGUUGUAUUAAGGCCCAAACCUGAUUGGAGAUUUUUGCCAACUUCUGUCCCUCAGCAACAGCAACGAGGGAAAAUCUGAUUAAAACACCCACAAGCCAAACAUUGGGCCAGCCAGCGGCAACACUUGCCAAGAAGCAAUGGGGUAGAAAUUUCUAUGUCCCCACACUCGACAGCAGUGCUCACACGUGACCUUUCUACGUCACCUUAUGUACCCAACAGGAGCCACUUCUUUUGUUUCCCUUUAACUGUCGUCCAACAGUAGUGCUGACUGUAUGGAUAAGAGCCCGCAAGUGCCCUUAGGAUGCCGCAUGGAACAAAGCAGCUGUCAUAAUUCCAAAGUAGGAACAUAUUUAUUACGUAGCACUGUGGCUAAGAAGGAAGAGCCUGAGGGACAUAUCCAUGUGGUAGCAGCCAUUUUGCACACGCCUCUCCACGCUGGCCUCCUGCAGCUCUCUGCCUGUGCUCCGGUAGGAUGGAAAUCGAAGUCGGGGAACCCUGUGGCUUGGUCGGAGUGGGCUGCAUAGCAGCCGGCAUCGUUUUUAACAAGCUCCUUCACUGUUUGCUAGGACCUGGUUCACAAGUUACUUAGGUAUUACUAACAAUAACAACAAAAAUUUUUAAGAGAAAGAGAAGGAAAGGGAAUGAGAGGAACACCUCCCUUAAUUCUUUUUCUGCUUCAGAUGGUAUGCUUCAUUUUUCUUCCCCACCUGGGACGGGAGCUGUCUCGGGUCCCCUUCUGCAAAGAAAGGAAAGGGAAAGAUUGUCUCCAGAUUGGUUCAGUUGCAUGCUGUUAGAUGAUUUUUGCCCAGGGGCCAUAGCACUCUUGGCAAAAAGGAAGUCCUGUGUCUUCGCAACGCAAAUUCUUCCACCCCAUAGCCCUGCUCUGUUUCUGCCAUCCUCUCAAUCAGAUCCCACCCACGCUGGUUUGGGGCCUUUUUCGGGUCUUUUCAGUAGUAGGCUAAGGAAAAGCAUGGCUCUCUGUUUUAAGUCUCUGCAACUCCAAGGUCGAUUGCCUCCAACCGAUUUAAUUGGGCCUCUUCAGCUCUCCUUGUGGCCUGGCCCUGUUGACCUCAUGGCAUGUAUGUGUGCGCAUGUGUGUGUGCGUUGCACCCACUGACAUAUUUUGCAAACGGCUCUGAUGGGGAGGGCUCGAGGAGACCAGUUCUUCCUUGGUCUGUAGCCAGACUGCAGAGCGUGCAGUUUUGCCUUCAUAUGUCAGUUGCCUCUUGGCUUCAUUCAGUGUUUCUGCUGCCCCAUCUUCUCUCUGACCUGCCCUGCAACUGGCAGCCUGUGGGUCCCAGUCCUUCCUUUGCUCUGGCAAAGUGUGAGGGGUUGGGACCCCUGUGUAUUCCCAGUGUUUUCCUCCCACAAUCAAUGACGAGGAUGGCUAAGUGGGUCCCAGUGCUACGCUGUCAGGGAGACUUUUUUUCAUUAUGGGGGUAAUAAAGAGCCCUGAAUGUUUUCCUUGGUUAAUGAGCUAUGCCCAGUGCAAACGCGGGUCAAACAUCAGUGCAAGAAGAACUGCAAUGAUAGUUAAAAAGCUGAACCCCAAAUCUGCUCCCUCUAAUGAAACUCUUCUUGCGUCUUUUGAAUUCAGUUCUGCCUCCAACUUAGAGGGAAGAAAAGCUUCUUUCCAUACCAAGUGUAUUAGCAAAUUUAAACAACACACUCCCCGGCAGAAGGCGCCAGCUGGAGGGAUGGGCCAUGCGGCCACCUGCUUCUCCCAACUGCCAAAGCCAGUACGUGGGCCACGACACACUAUCCGUUUUGUUAAACUGAGCUCAGCAUGCUUGUCCUCAAAACGUCCAGGCCACUACACCCCAGGGGUCAGCGUUCUCUGCUUGGACCCCGCCCUGCACUGCACAUCAGAAUUCCAGUUGUUAACACAGUCAAAUGAAUGCAGGUUGUUCGCUCUCAGAAAGGAGUCCCACACGUGGCAGGCUUCCCAGGUGCAUACAUGAAGGGCUACAUUUCUGAGCGUUGGGCUCCCUUGUGAUUCUUUCAGCACGCUGAUUAUGUGGCGUAAAAGAGGCCUCUGUGGCAAUACGAAAGUCAGUGCUCCCUUUAAAGUUUCUCCCAGAAAAGCCAGCACACCAUUUAAUCUUCUUGUGUGAUUUAUGGUGAGACGUGAAGAGCACAGGGAAAGCUUGUACAGCUAGCUGUGCAUUUGGGUUUGCGUUAGUUAUGGAAUGUUCGUAAUGUGACUUUUUCAGUAACUGAAGAUAAACUGCCUGUUCUCUGAACCCUUGAACAGAGAAGCUAGAGUUAAUGGGUAAUAAGGUGAAGAAAGGGGGAAAAAAAAAAAAAGUAGUUUUUAUCUCUCAUGUCCUCUCGUCUCUCCCCCUCCUCCCAAUUGUGCUUCCAAGCUGAGUUUCCUCUUCUGAGGUGAGAUUGCAGCAACUCUUAAGCCCUCAUCCUCUCCAUCUGGUUAUGUCAAUCAACUCUACUUGGAGAAGUCUUUGCUGGAAAUGUUUAUAAAACUUUCACCUAAUUUCUUUACACUUGAAAGCAAACACGUUUUUCUAAAGAAUGGCUUCUCAGGUGAUUAUAUAAAAUAUGUACGCUUUUGCAAGUUUAAAAAAUUCAAACUAACCACUUUUGACUAAGCAGGUCUUUCUAAAAACUCUUUUAAUCAAGCUUGGUGUGAGCGUUCCCCUGCGUGUUGAAGGGGCAGGCGACCCUUCAAGGGUGGGCACCCAGAGCCCACUCUCGGACAGGAAAGAUGGCGUAAGGAUCUUGAACCCUACGUCACUGGCCGUUCUGCGUCCUCUGAAGCAAGCUCAGUUUUUACAAGCCACCUCUUCUGCAUUUCUGGCCACUGUUUAAUCCUAAACAGGAAGUAAGUGGCUUACUUCCUAAGCCAGUUUUCAUUUUAUUUGAUUUUUGAAAGUAUUUUCCGUUGCCAAACCAAGUGUUUGUGAGUAUGCCCUAAAACUCACUCAUUAGUACUCUUAAAGAAUGUCCUACCAAGAAAAACAAAUUAUUUUGGACUUGAGAUUUGCAAUGACACCACCUUGUAGGGAUGUACAUUAAAGGACCCAACUAUGUUUUUUGAAAAGAAAGAGAAACCUUUCCUUUAGCAUUAAAAAAAAAAAAAAAUCACUGUCUUUCCAUUUUCUGCCCAGGGAACUGUGUGGAGGUGAUGGAUACGCUUUGCAUAUGGAUUUUUGUGUUUUUAUUUGGGCAAAGUUAUUAAUGGCAAACUAAAAAAGAAGGGGAGGAGGUCAGUUUAAGCUGAAAGAAACUUUGUAAGCAAUAUAUGUGUCCACAGCAAAAUUAAACAGAUCCAACAUGUUCUGACGCUUAGUGUAAUUGAGUGGCGAUUGUUAUCAUUAAAUGAAAUUCUUCCCCAAAGCGUCUCUCCCAAGAGUGAAGAUCCCAUGAGUCACUUUCUAGGCCCAGUUCACCGAAGGUAGGAGGAGACGACACAGUUACACUAACAUUCGGAAAGGUGGUAGCUGUUCAACCCAUUAUACGUGCAUAUGUUUCCUCACCCUAGGGAAGAGAAAACAGGUGUCCACAACAUUGAGAUUCUGUGGGGGUUUUAUGUACAGACCCAUCCGGUCAUGAAUGUGUGUGGUUUCUCUGAGUGGCCAGGAAUCUUGUCGAGGUUCUCUCUGUUCUCCUAUACUUUCAGUUGGGUUUAUGGAAUUUUUCUUUCAAGUGUUGGACGGCCUGCCGUCCUCCCUGCCCUGCCCCCCCCCCUUUCUAUGAAAGCAAGUAUUUGGAAGAACUGCUGUGUACAAGAUGUGUCGUGUCCCCCGUGAAACUGAGUGGGUGUCGGUCUGCACCCCGAGUACCGCGCGCUGGUCUGCAGAGGCGGCCAGUGGGCCCACACGGCUGCGCCUAGGGCUCCCGCCCGCCCCUCGCCCCUGCUGCCAGCAGCGCUCGCCGCUCUGUUGUGCUCACAGUGCUGAAUAAAGUGUGUGCUUUAUUUGUCAAUGCC